AGGAGCAGAAGGGGGAGAUAAAAGGGGAGCGGGAGAUCAAGAAUCCUGCCCAGUUACACCAGCCCGCCAGCCGGAACUACAGUUUCUCGGCUUAGGUGCUUCUGCCCCGCGGGAGCGGCCGAUUCCGAAGCCGACUCCGGCAAUGGCCUUUGCAAAUCUGCGGAAAGUGCUCAUCAGUGACAGCCUGGACCCUUGCUGCCGGAAGAUCCUGCAAGAUGGAGGGCUGCAGGUGGUGGAGAAGCAGAACCUGAGCAAAGAGGAGCUGAUAGCCGAGCUGCAGGACUGUGAAGGCCUCAUCGUCCGCUCAGCCACCAAGGUGACUGCUGAUGUCAUCAACGCGGCAGAGAAGCUCCAAGUGGUGGGCAGGGCCGGCACGGGCGUGGACAACGUGGACCUGGAGGCUGCCACCAGGAAGGGCGUUCUGGUCAUGAACACCCCCAAUGGGAAUAGCCUCAGUGCUGCGGAGCUCACCUGCGGGAUGAUCAUGUGCCUGGCCAGGCAGAUUCCCCAGGCGACGGCUUCCAUGAAGGACGGCAAAUGGGAACGGAAGAAGUUCAUGGGAACAGAGCUAAAUGGAAAGAUCCUGGGAAUUCUUGGCCUGGGCAGAAUUGGGAGAGAAGUGGCCACCCGGAUGCAGUCCUUUGGAAUGAAGACUGUAGGGUACGACCCCAUCAUCGCGCCGGAGGUCUCGGCCUCCUUUGGUGUCCAGCAGCUGCCCCUGGAGGAGAUCUGGCCUCUCUGCGACUUUAUCACCGUGCACACACCUCUCCUGCCCUCCACCACAGGCCUGCUGAACGACAGCACCUUUGCCCAGUGCAAGAAGGGGGUGCGCGUGGUGAACUGCGCUCGGGGAGGGAUCGUGGACGAGGGGGCCCUGCUCCGGGCCCUGCAGUCCGGUCGGUGCGCUGGUGCUGCGCUGGACGUCUUUACAGAGGAGCCACCACGGGACCGAGCCUUGGUGGACCACGAGAGCGUCAUCAGCUGCCCCCACCUGGGCGCCAGUACCAAGGAGGCCCAGAGCCGCUGCGGGGAGGAGAUCGCCAUCCAGUUUGUGGACAUGGUGAAGGGGAAAUCUCUAGCGGGCGUGGUGAAUGCCCAGGCCCUUACGAGUGCCUUCUCUCCGCAUACCAAGCCUUGGAUUGGUCUGGCUGAAGCUCUGGGGACCCUGAUGCGAGCCUGGGCUGGAUCCCCCAAAGGGACCAUCCAGGUGGUAACACAGGGAACAUCCCUGAAGAACGCUGGCAACUGCCUAAGCCCCGCGGUCAUUGUCGGCCUCCUGAAAGACACUUCCCAUCAGGCGGAUGUGAACUUGGUGAACGCCAAGCUGCUGGUGAAAGAGGCCGGCCUCAAUGUAACCACCUCCCACAACCCUGCUGUGCCAGGGGAGCAGGGCUGUGGGGAAGGCCUCUUGACCGUGGCCCUGACAGGUGCCCCCUACCAGGCUGUGGGCUUGGUCCAGGGCACCCUGCCUGUGCUGCAGGCGCUCAAUGGAGCCGUCUUCAGACCAGAAGUGCCUCUCCGCAGAGGCCUGCCCCUGCUCCUGUUCCGGGCUCAGCCGUCUAAUCCUGUGAUGCUACCCACCAUGAUUGGCCUCCUGGCAGAGGCAGGCGUGCAGCUGCUGUCCUACCAGGCCUCAGUGGUGUCAGAUGGGGAGACCUGGCACGUCAUGGGCAUCUCUUCCCUGCUGCCCAGCCUGGAAACAUGGAAGCAGCAUGUGACUGAGGCUUUCCAGUUCCACUUCUAAGCUUGGGUGGAGCAGGGGGAGGUUUCUGAAGAAUCCUGCCCACUGUGAUCAACAGAGGAGAUCCACAUUCCUUAGGCUGACGCUGCUUACUCUGCAGACCUUGGCUGACCCCUGUAGUGCCGUGAUAACCACCCAAUAAAGAGCCUACCCAAAUGUC